CCGGCGUCAGCUAUCAGCACCGUUUAGCGGAGAAGAGCUCUCUGGAGACGCCACGUCUCACCGAUCAUACUACGACAUCUCUUCUUCUUUUACUUUCUUCACUCUUCUGUCCUGGUGAUAGCUUUAGCUAUCUCUGUCUUUGGACUUUCCUGGGGGGAACUAUGGGUGAAGAAGCACCAGUUUUAGAUAUAGAGAGCAGCGAAGAGAACGCGACGAGAAGAAACCAGGGCUCGAUGGUAGAUUUAUACCCACUUAGCAGCUACUACUUCGGUUCGCGAGACGCUGUUCGCGUCAAGGACGAGAUGAUCGCUGAUCGUGUCGUCAGAUUGAAAUCAGAUUACGCUGCUCAUGGAUUGAGGACUUGCGUUGAAGCUGUUCUUCUGGUUGAGUUGUUCAAGCAUCCUCAUGUUUUGCUUCUUCAGUAUAGAAACUCCAUUUUCAAGCUUCCUGGUGGUCGUUUGAGACCCGGUGAAUCAGAUGUUGAUGGUCUGAAACGCAAACUCGCAUCAAAGCUUUCGGUUAACGAGAAUGUCCUUGUUCCGGGUUUGGAGGUAGGAGAAUGCAUAGGGAAGUGGUGGAGACCAAACUUUGAGACAUUGAUGUAUCCAUUCUUGCCACCCAAUGUGAAACACCCUAAGGAAUGCUUAAAGCUUUUUCUUGGGAGACUAGCGCUACAUCAACAGUUUGUCGUGCCUAAAAACUUCAAGCUCCUCGCUGUUCCCUUGUGCCAACUCCAUGGAAAUGAAAAGACUUAUGGGCCAAUCAUAUCGCAGAUUCCCAAGCUUCUUUCCAAGUUCUCAUUCAACAUGAUGGAGAUAUGAUGAACAAACCUCGUGUGAUUAUAUAUGUUUGGUGAAAUCUUUUGUAUGAGAUUAUACUAAUGUAUGUACGGAUGUGGUAAAAGCUUGUUCUAAUUGAUUAGAGAGUAGUAGACGUGAAGUAUAUAGACUUAUUAUUCUACACGAUAUUUCUUCAUGCGUGUGUGUGAUUAUUAAUAUUGUAGACAUGUAUGCUUCUGUGGUUAAAAAAAAAAAAGAAAGACAUGUAUGCUAA